AUGGCUUUAGGGACGGACAACGUGCCUUCUCGACAGGAUAUGUCCCCUGCUUUGGGAGAAGAUCCUGUCACAGGCCCGGCUGAAGGAGGUCCAUCUUCGCCAUCAAAAAAUACCACGCACCUCGUCAAGCGCAUUUUUGGCUCCAGCAAGCAAAGCGACACGACACAGAACGCUAAUAUAGAUAUCGAUAUCGAUAUUGAGACGCUCGAAAUGCGGUCUGGUGCUGCCGACUCACCCGUCCACAUCCAACGAUGGAAUGAACCGAAGGGCAACAUCGCCCGACUGGGAUUCUCCUUCUUCUCCUUUGGUAUUGCUGGCAUGAACGAUGCCGCCGUCGGUGCUCUCAUUCCAUAUCUCGAGGAGUAUUAUAAUCUCAACUACACACUUGUUUCGUUGAUUUUCCUGACGCCCUUUGUCGGAUAUUCCACCGCUGCCUUUAUCAACGCUACCAUCCAUACCAAAUUUGGCCAAAGGGGCAUUGCGCUGGCUGCUCCCUUGUGUCACAUUAUCACCUAUCUGGUCAUCUGUCUGCAUCCUCCUUUUCCCGUGGUAGUGGUGAUCAACAUCUUGUCUGGCUUCGGCAAUGGCUUGACCGACGCAUGCUUUUCGGCUUGGGUGGGGUCGAUGGAGAGUGCAAACUCGGUCCAGGGCCUCUUGCACUCGUGUUAUUCCAUGGGUGCACUCUUCGCCCCUCUAAUAGCAACAAGCAUGAUUGUUAGGGCCCAUCUGCCUUGGUACAAUUUCUACUACGUCAUGGCAAGUGUUGCGGCGUCUGUUGUCGAAUGGGUUGGUCUUUCUUGGGCCUUCUGGAAGAAAACUGGUCAGCAGUACCAGAAGGACCAUCCUCGUGACUCGAAUGCGACAGGGAGCCGCACCCGCGAAGCGCUCAAGUCACGGGUGACAUGGAUUUGUAUGCUUUACUUGUUGAUGUACAUGGGCGUCGAAGUGGGCCUGGGUGGAUGGGUUGUGACCUUUAUGCUUCGGGUCCGGGACGCCUCACCAUAUGACGCGGGCAUCUCAGGAACUGGAUUUUGGGCUGGCAUGGCUGCUGGCAGGGCGAGCCUCGGCUUUGUGACGGAGAGGUACGGCGAGCGGCUAUGUGUAUCAAUCUACCUGGCACUUGCGACUGCGCUGCAGCUUGUCUUUUGGCUUGUGCCACAGUUUGUCGUUAGUGCCGUAGCCGUGGCCUUACUGGGUUUCUUCCUCGGCCCCAUGUUCCCAGGAGGUGUUAUGAUGGCGGCAAAAUUGCUCCCCAAGCACAUCCACGUCAGUGCCUUGGGAUUUGCCAUGGCUUUAGGAGGUACAGGAGGCACUGUCUUCCCAUUUGCCAUCGGCGCCAUUGCCGCAAAGAAGGGUGUUGAAGUACUGCAACCCAUCAUUCUGGCUUUGAUCGCAGUCAUCGCUGUUUUGUGGCUGAGCUUUCCCAGGAUCAGGAAACGGGAAUAG